AUGCAGCUCUCAUUGCCGCCAUGGCUGCUUUCGCUUCUCGCCUUUGCGCGCAAAGCCUUUCCCAACUCGCCUACUGGAAGCUACGUUCCUGGCACCGUCGACUGCCCAUCGACAAGACCAGCGAUUAGAAGCGCUAGCAACAUCUCGACAUCAGAGUCGGAAUGGCUGACCAUCAGGAGACAGAAUGUCUUGGAACCUCUGACUGCGUUCCUGACCGCCUCGAACAUUACUGGGUUUGAUGCAGAGUCAUAUAUUUCUUCAAACCAGGGCAACUUGACCGCCAUCCCCAACGUAGCCAUUGCCGUGUCGGGGGGCGGCUACCGUGCCUUGAUGAACGGUGCUGGGUUUGUCGCUGCUGCCGAUAAUCGCAUCAAUGGCACUUCGGAAGCGUAUGGCAUUGGAGGCUUGUUGCAGUCCAGUACAUAUCUUGCCGGCCUGUCCGGAGGUGGCUGGCUCGUUGGUUCCAUAUACGCAAACAACUUCUCUACUGUGGUGCAGCUCCGUGACGGCUCCCCCGGCUCGUCCGUGUGGGCUUUCGACAGCUCAAUCUUUGAAGGUCCAGAAGAGAGCGGUCUCUCCAUCCUCAACACUGCCGAGUACUGGAACGAUAUUUACGACCAGGUUACCGCCAAGUCGAAUGCCGGCUUCGAAACCUCCAUUACUGACUAUUGGGGAAGAGCAUUGUCCUACCAGCUGAUCAAUGCGACAGACGGCGGCCCAGCUUACACCUUCUCCUCGAUAGCUCAGACGCAGGAUUUCAAAGACGCCAGCCAGCCCAUGCCCAUUCUCGUGGCAGAUGGACGUGUACCUGGAACCACGGUCAUCUCUCUAAAUACCACAGUCUUUGAGAUGAAUCCUUGGGAGCUCGGAUCAUUUGACCCUACCCUGUUCGGAUUUGCGCCAAUGCAGUACGUUGGCUCAAACUUCAGCAACGGGGAAGUCCCAGAUAAUGGUAGCUGCGUCGAGGGCUUUGAUCAGUAUGGCUACGUCAUGGGGACCAGCAGUUCCUUGUUCAAUCAGUUCAUUCUGCAGAAUCUGUCGUCGACAAGCAUCCCGGAUUUCCUCGUCACCGCAAUCGAAGAUGUGUUGGAGAAGCUAGGUGCCAACGAUGAUGAUAUUGCCGAUUGGUACCCGAAUCCCUUCUACGGCUACGACCCCACUGGCGAUAAUUACAACGUAAAUCAGAGUUCGUUGACCUUGGUGGAUGGAGGCGAAGACUUGCAAAACAUCCCUUUGCACCCGCUGAUUCAGCCCGCACGUGCGGUAGAUGUCAUCUUCGCCGUCGACUCUUCCGCGGAUACUACGUACGCUUGGCCAAAUGGAACUGCUUUGCGAGCCACGUAUGACCGAAGCUUGGGACCUAUUGCAAACGGUACCCAGUUUCCUGCUGUGCCUGAUGCCGAGACGUUCAUCAAUCUCGGACUGAACAGGAAGCCCACGUUCUUCGGCUGCGACGUGAACAACUUCACGUCGACUAUUGGCAUCCCUCCUUUAAUCGUCUACGUCCCUAACACACCUUACACGGCUUGGAGUAACGUCUCAACGUAUGACCCGAGUUACUCAGACAACCAGAGAAAUGAGAUCAUCCAGAAUGGUUUCAACGUCGCCACGAUGGGCAACGGAUCUCUUUCGGGUAAUACCAACUGGAGGACUUGCGCCGGUUGUGCGAUAAUGUCACGGACAUGGGCUAAAGCUGGAGCUGAAGUGCCUUCGGUUUGCCAAGACUGCUUUGAUCAGUACUGCUGGGACGGUACCAUUAACAGCACAGCUAAUAGAGCUUACCAGGAUAGGAUGCUCAAAUACAAUACUUCAAUUGAUUUACUUGCUUGA